CUCACACCGAUGCACAUCAACGAUCACUGUAUCCUUUUUCCCUUUUAACUAAUAAUUACAGUCCAGUUUACCUUUUGAAACGAAUUGCCCUCGUCUGUGCCAAUUUUUUCAUCAUUUGUGCGUCGAAAGUUUCAGAAGGAUUCUUUGUGCGUCGUUAUUCAAAGUGAAAUUAGUGCGUUAAAACUUUCUGGGAAUUCUGACACCAAACACAUCAAUGAAGCAGUGAAAAAGUUUUCAGUAGAUGAAGAAAGGACAAAAUGGUCUCAGAGUGUUUUAGAGUGUUUUUUAAUCCUGCAUUAUUUGUAUGUUGCUAAAGUGUACUGGAUACUGCAUUUGAGAAAAUGGCUAAUAAUUAUCCCAUUCUUCAACAUCAUUACUACAGCAACCCUGCGUUUUGUCAGCAGAGCGAAUUCGUUAAUAUUUCAAGUAAGAGUCCUCCAAGAGCUUUGAGCCCGCAGCGAAGCCUUCGACAGUCUCCUGUUGGAGCGCAUUCGCCAGGAGAACUUCAAGAAGUCCCGGUUACUAUCAACGGUGGCACGAAGCUUACAACGAGCAAUGGUAGAUACGUCUGUUACGGAGAUAAUAAUGUCAACAUAUCAACAUUAUCUCCAAAACAAGAUAACGACGAAGAUUUUGAAGAACAGGAGUUUUACGAAGAAAUGACAGUAGAUGAUAACGGUUUGGUGAAGAAGAAAAAAGUCGUUGUUGUAUCAAAUCAUCUUGACGUGAAAAACGGAAAUGGACAAAGUUACAGAUAUGUUAGAGUGCCGGAUAAUAAUGUUAAUGUAAACAAUAAUUUCCAAUCCCGCCAAAAUGUUCCCGCCAACCGACGAAGUUACGCUCAAAUGAGCUAUACAGAUGAUGAUAUCGUUAACAGUAAUUCGACAUUGCAAAAAAAUCGUUACGAAUAUAUUCCUAUGAAAGGGCGGGAAAUUAGACGGAGUAAAUCAUUCACUUCACCCCCUAAAAGGAAACAAUAUGAUGUUGAAGAAGUUCCCGUAGGAAAUGGAAAGGUCCAUAGGUACGCCAUUAUCCCUAUGGAAGAUGAAACAGAGUUAUGUGACAAUAGUGUUUUGAGUCAGAGUCCUCAAAAAUUGUUACGACAAGAACACUACGAGGUGAUACAGGACAACGGGCGAUAUGAAUAUCUUCCUUUACCGUAUCAAAAAUGCGAAGAAGAACAAAGAAUCGUACAGAGCCAACCUGUCCAUAAUAGUUCCCCACACAGACAGAAUAAUGGCACGAACCAGUCUAACCCUCCGUCGUUGAGAAGGGUGACGUCCCCUGCGUCCGUUAGGAAAGGUGGUAAUGCGGUAGCCACGCAGAAAUUACACGAGCUUCUUUCAACCCCAAAAAAGACGUCGCAAAGAUCGUCUUCCGCUUCUCACACACCUCAGGGGAUGUCUCCAGUUCAUCAGACACUCAGCUAUCUCCCCCAGCUCGUUCCCGUAACCAAAAGUCCCUUUAUUACAUCGCUCAGUCCUCUAAACAAUAACAAACCUCUACGGAAAGCUCCGAAAGCUCAACAGAAACUCAAUUACGCUCUAAGCACUAGACAAAUGACCAAAGACCAAAGACACACAGCCAUAGUUACCCCAAUAUGUUCUAGUCCUGUUCAAUCUGAAACUACGUACUCGACCAGGUCAGAAUCCUGGAUGAAUGUUAGUAUUCAUAAAAAACCUGUUCAUGCAACUUUAGCAGCAGCAGCUCUCAUGAUGGUCAUUUGCGGAGGUCUGGCUUCAGGUCUUUGCUUCUACAUGAUUUCCGUAAUGGGACGGUUGUACUUUCUGGAUUUUGGGAUCGUUUCCGGAUUUGCAUGCUUCGUACUUGGCUUGUUAGGAUUCAGAUCUCGAAACUAUUAUUACUGGCUUCCGAAUAGGAAUUACAUGUCAGGGUACAUCAUUCUAACGCUUUUCAGUUUACUGACGUGCGUCGGAUUGCUGGUACUACUGUUCAUGCAGCCAAAACCAGGAACUCCAUUGGCCGAUAUGACCUCAGGAGCAGUGUGUGGCAUAUCGGUUCUAUCUCUUGUCCUCGCAUCUGCAGGAGUAAUAUCGAGUUAUUGCUGCAGAUUUCCACCGCCUGAUAACAGAGUCGAGCACUGUGCUCAAGGGUUUAUCGUCUAAAGGUGCGUUUAGAUUAAGCGAGCGAAUAAUUUUUCGUACCAUACCAUGAAUCUAUAAUGUCAGAGUUCUAUUGGUAUGAUAUGAAUGUAGUCUAAGCGUUAGGCAUCGCUCACUUAUGGUCCCAAUCCCAUUAAAUUGGGACAUAUGAGUUUACCAUGAUCGAACGUUAAUAAAUGACUUGUUCGCGCUCUAUGUUCUUGUUCGCUUGGUCUAAACGCACCUUAAUGGAGUUUUUGCCAAUUUUUAUACAGUUGUGUUCAUUAUGAUACAUAUAUAAGUACUGUUA